GGGCGGCAAGUUUCCUACAAGAGGAGGGCGCGCACCGCGUCUCCUCCCCGGUCCCCCGCCGCCGCAGUCUCCGCCUGCGGGGAGGGCGCGCUCUGGAGCCGGCAAGGGUGGGGCGCCGCGAGGGAGGGGUCCCAGCGCCGCAAUCCUCGCGGCGCCCGCGACAGCAGCAGCAGCAGCAGUAGCAGCAGCAGCAGCAGGUGGAGCCCCGCUCAGCUGCGAGCAGCACUUGGCCGGAAACCUGCGCCGCAGCCGCCCGGCUGGGAGCUGGCCAUCUAGGCUGGAGCCCACGCCGUCCCGGUCCGACCCAGUUUCCCAGGCACCGGGUUACCGAAGCCGGCGGCCGGGGGGACGCGGUUGGGGCCGGGGACGGAUGCAUCUCAGUGCGCAUAGCUGCGCUGGGAGACCCUAGCCCGGGGCGCAGGGCUAACGGGACCUGGCCCACCUCGGCCACCUAAAGACUUGUGCUCUGGGGACAGAGCAGCUGUGGGAUCCGGAGCCCGGGCACCUGGCCGGGCACUGUUGAAGUCUGGGUGGCGUGCUCGCCCCACCUCUUUGCUUGGGCACGGACAGAGAGGGCUCUUUCCAGGGGACCAGACCUCCUUGCCUGGUCCUGAGUGGAGUCCUCGCACCCGAUGUCUGUUGGUCUGGAGAACCUCUUUAGUUGACACCGGUCUGGAGGUGUUCUUUGUUGGUUAGGUUUCUUCUUCGGCUAGGGGAACAGUUGUCGCCAGUGACAUUCUGUGCCUAUGGGCGCUCCAGGUCCUGGAUCUCCAGCCUUGCCGGAAUCGUCCUGGCUUCGCUGACCCUCAACUCUGUCUCUGCUAGUCGUGGGUGCUCCUAGCCGUUUGUUUGUUUUUUGACGAGACUGUGCAGACUACACAUCUUUCUGGCUCUCAUUUGGGAAGGCACUGGUCUCCAAGGAGCGGCUUUGUGUGUGGUGGGAUCAGUGGUCCUCAGCCAUGGCCUUCACUUUCGCUGCUUUCUGCUACAUGCUGUCCCUGGUGCUCUGCGCUGCGCUCAUCUUCUUCGCUAUCUGGCACAUAAUCGCCUUCGAUGAGCUAAGAACGGAUUUCAAGAGUCCCAUAGACCAGUGCAACCCUGUCCAUGCGAGGGAACGGCUGAGGAACAUCGAACGCAUCUGCUUCCUUCUGAGAAAGGUCAGAGGGGUCCCCCAGGUGGACAGAGGAAGGGUCAGAGAAAGGGGUCGUCGGCUGGUGCUGCCAGAGUACUCCAUCCACAGCCUCUUCUGCAUCAUGUUCCUGUGUGCGCAGGAGUGGCUCACGCUGGGGCUCAAUGUUCCUCUGCUUUUCUAUCACUUCUGGAGGUAUUUCCACUGUCCAGCAGAUAGCUCAGAACUAGCCUACGACCCACCAGUUGUCAUGAAUGCCGACACCUUGAGCUACUGUCAGAAGGAGGCCUGGUGUAAGCUGGCCUUCUACCUCCUCUCCUUCUUCUACUACCUGUACUGCAUGAUUUACACCUUAGUGAGCUCCUAACUCAGACCCUGCUGGUGGAGAGACCGAGGCUGGGAACCACUGCAGUUGUGGCUAGCGGAGCACCAGGUGGGGAUGAUGGAGAGACCCGGCUGGCAGAGACUGAAUGGAAGGAACGGAGUCGCACCACGGACAGGGCCGUGUUACCCAUGCAUAUGCGUUUCUGCCUUCGCCUUUCACCUCCCACAUGGGUUGCAGAGCCCCCCUGAGCAUGGGGGUGGCAGCCUGUAGCUGAUGAAACAUUCAACCUCCGGAGAUGCGGUUACUUUCUUCAUCCACUUCUUCACUGGGCAGCAGAACGGUGCGAGUUCACACGGAGAGCUCGACCAGAGGGUAGAAAUGAGGCCAGAAGCCGGGAAGGUGUCAAUCAAGGAACAGAAUGGCUCUGGGUCAGUGCCAGAUCUUCAGGGAUGGCUGAGACCCACAAGGACACCAUGGGCUGCCCAAGACUCUUGUCAUAUUUUUUCCAGAGCUGUGGCCACAUGCUUUGCUCAGUGCAAAGCUAAAAGCCACAGGGACUGCCCUGAGCCACCUCUCAUGUCACUUUUAUGCUCUUUGUCUGGGAGCCUGGGCAUUGGCUUCCUGAGCUGGGUGUGGGCAGCAAGUCCUAUCCAGUGGGAACUGGGGAGGGGAGAAAAUGGAUUUCUAAAACGUUUGCAACAUGUCCCAGGUGUGAGUUCUUCACCAUCCCAAGAUGUAUUCUGCUGCUGUACCAAAAAUGCAUCAGUCAGUACAUGCCUGUUAGCUGUCUGGCAUGAGCCAAAGCCUAAAAAAAAAAAAAA